GACUCAUGCCUUGAAAAAAUCAAAUUCAAAAAAAAAAAAAAUCUUUUCAUACCAUCCAUUUUCAUAUGGCGGGAACAUUAGGUCGAGUUCUUGGGUUAGCAUGUGUUAAUAUUCUUCUUCUGCUGCUCUUCUCUAACAACUCUGUUUACUCACAAUCAAUCGUCAGAAACCUUCCUGGAUUUCAUGGUGAUCUUCCUUUCAAACUCGAAACUGGUUACACGGCGACCGGAGAGAAAGACGACGUGGAACUGUUUUACUACUUUGUAGAGUCGGAGAGGAACCCUGCAGAUGACCCGCUCGUCGUCUGGAUCGCCGGAGGUCCGGGUUGUUCUUCUCUUCGUGCAUUUUUCUACGAGAUCGGACCGCUAACAUUUGACUAUAGUAGAUCGAAAGACGAGAAACCAUCGUUGCUGUUGAAUCCGUACUCCUGGACAAAGGUUUCGAACGUUAUCUAUUUGGACACACCUGUCGGGACUGGGUUUUCGUAUGCAAGAUCUUCCGAUGCGUACAGAACAAGUGACACAUUAUCGUCAAAGCAUGUGUAUAAUUUCAUCAGAAAGUGGCUAAUUGAUCAUCCCAGAUUUAUCAGCAACCCCCUGUACGUUACCGGUGUUUCGUACUCUGGCAUAGUUAUUCCAAUCAUCACUCAAGAGAUUUACAAUGGCAAUGAAGCUGGAAAUGAACCCCAAAUGAAUAUUAAAGGAUACAUGAUCGGCAAUCCGUUAACCGAUCGAAAUAUAGACUUCAACUCCAGAAUCCCAUAUGCUAAUCGAAUGGCACUUUUAUCUGAUGAACUCUUCGAGUCGGCCAAAGAAAAUUGUCAGGGGAACUACAUAAGCGUGAAUCCCAGUAACGGAUUAUGUGCCAAAAACCUUAAGGAAGUAGAGGAGAACCUCAACUUCAUUUAUGGGUACCAGAUACUCGAACCUAGUUGUGGAUUAGUAGUGAGUGGCACCUCAAGCUUGAGAAAAUCGCGUGUGCUAAAUUCUCACCGGAAAAAUCUCUUUAAUCCCCUGCGAUUACCCCAGCAGCAUCAGCAACCGCGGUGUCGAGGCGACACUUACGAUUACUAUUUGGUAUGGGCUAAUGACAGAAAUGUGCAACGAGCUCUUCGCAUCCGUGAGGGGACGAUAAGAGAGUGGGAAGCAUGCAACACAGAUCACUAUUUGGUAGGGAAAGAUGAUACCGAAACUUAUUCAUACAAUGUUGCCAGUUCCGUUCCUUAUCACAGAAACUUGACGAAUAAAAAUUGUCGAGCUCUGAUAUUCAGCGGCGAUCAUGACCUGGUUGUUCCAUAUAUUGGGACGGAAAAGUGGAUCCGAUCUUUAGAUUUAACGGUUGAAAGUUCAUGGGCACCCUGGUUCGUCGAUCACGAAGUAGCAGGAUAUGGGACGACGUUUUCACAUAAUGAUUAUUCUUUGACAUUUGCCACAGUGAAGGGUGGAGGUCAUGCAGCGCCAGAGUAUAAGCCUGAAGAAUGUCUGGCCAUGGUGGAUAGGUGGUUCGCCCAGAGUCCUCUGUAAUGACUUCAAUAUUGUGUUAGCUAUGAUUGAUAGGCUAUUAUUUCUUAGCAUUCUUUCGGUAUAUAAAAAGAUACUGUUGAUUAAGUUAUUUAUUGUAUCCGAUUAUCGGAUUGCUGGACGAAAAGUGUAUUUUAGAUAUUUUGGUCAUCCGUGGAUAUUGUAUAUUAGCUAAAUUUAUUUCUUUGUUAAUUACUUAAUAUUAUUGUUGCACA